UUUACAUGCACUGGAGCUUCAUGUGGGUGUUGGAGCAACUUUAGGAAACAAAGUAUCCACAAAGUAUCACACACUCGUGUACCUGUUGUCGCUUGGUUUAAUAUUUCUGAGAAAGCUUUAAACAUCCAAAGAUAUCAAGAAACACUCCGGUAACUGUACUGGUCCUUGUUCUCAGCUCUCAGUAUGUCCGAUGGGGACUAUGAUUACCUCAUUAAGUUUCUCGCACUGGGGGACUCUGGGGUGGGAAAGACGAGCUUCCUGUAUCAGUACACAGAUGGCAAAUUCAACUCCAAAUUCAUCACAACAGUGGGAAUAGACUUUCGAGAAAAACGAGUGGUGUACAAAUCCAAUGGUCCUGAUGGCACAGCUGGCAGGGGGCAGAGAAUUCACAUUCAGCUGUGGGACACGGCUGGACAGGAGAGAUUUCGGAGUUUGACCACAGCGUUCUUCAGGGAUGCCAUGGGCUUCCUGCUGCUCUUUGACCUCACUAAUGAGCAGAGCUUUCUCAAUGUCCGGAACUGGAUGAGUCAGCUGCAGACACAUGCGUACUGCGAGAAUCCCGACAUUGUUUUAUGCGGAAAUAAAUCUGACCUGAAGGACCAGCAUGCUGUGAAAUCUGAGAAUGUGCGAGAGCUCGCAGAGAAAUACGGUAUCCCGUACUUUGAGACGAGCGCUGCGAAUGGUGAGAACGUGGGUCAUGCCGUGGAGGUUCUGCUUGAUCUCAUCAUGAAGCGCAUGGAGAGAUGUGUGGACAAAUCCUGGAUCCCCGACGGAAUGGUUCGCACCAACGGCCACAGCACCUGUGACCUCGCAGAGUCUCGGGACCAGGACCAGAGCAAGUGUGCCUGCUAGUGAGCGUGUCAGUGAUGUCACUUCCUGUUAACAGUAACAACCUUCCGUGUUUUGACUCAGCGAUUCGGCUAUAAGAACAUCGAAGACUCUCCGAUCUUUAUCAUUUCCUAUAAAUAAGUUUCAGAUCAGAGAAUCUACAGCACGUUAAAACAGGAUAGUCACAAUUGUUUUUUUCUCAGAACAAGUGGACAAAAGCCGCCAAGAUUGUCACCACAUUUUAAGGCUUUGAGUGCUUUUUACACCUAAUCUUUAUUCUAGAACCCAUAACGGAUCAGACUAAAUGUUUAUCGAGGGCCUGAGCCCUCUCCCUGUGUUUCACCAAGCACACACACACACACACACACACACACACACACACACACACACACACACACACACACACACACACACACACACACACACACACACA